AUGAACAUUUUUGGCUAUGUAUCCGAUGUAGUGCCUCCUGUGGUUAUUCGAAAUGAUGAGUGGACGUGGGAAGAAGCUUACCAUUACUUAUAUGUAGACGCUGCUUUCGAUAAUAUUGUUAUCUCACCUGGACCUGGUUCUCCAAUGUGUCCAGCUGAUAUAGGCAUUGGGUUAUGUCCAUGGAGCUCAUGUGAUUCAUGCCCCGGAACCAGUCCAUGGACGCUUGAGGUUGUUAGAUACCAUUCACUGAUCAUAGAUAAGGAAUCACUGCCAAAGGAACUUGUACCAAUAGCGUGGACAGUUUAUGAUGACACUGGUUCUUUCUCUGAGAAGAAGUUCUCUGUUCCUGUGAAUAACACUGUUAGCCCACUGGGGGAAGGGUCUGUCAUUUCUGUUUCCGAAAAGUUGGAAAAUCGUAGUUAUUGGCUUUCGUCCGAUGUUGAUGGAAAACGAAAUGGACACAUUCUCAUGGGCAUCAUGCACUCUACUUUUCCCCAUUAUGGUUUACAGUUUCAUCCGGAGAGUAUUGCUACCACCUACGGAAGUCAACUAUUCAAGAAUUUCAAAGACGUAACUGUGGAUUAUUGGAGUCGCUGCAAGUCUCCGUCAUUGCGUCGAAGAAACAUAAACGACACUGGAAAUGGUUCUAGCUCAUAUGGGAAGACAAAUGGUGUAGACGUUUUUGAUUUGGUUGAUUUAUCAUAUCCAAAACCUCAUACAAAAUUGCUGAGGUUGAAAUGGAAGAAGCUUGAACGUCUUGCACAUAAAGUUGGCGGAUCAAGAAAUAUAUUCAUGGAACUCUUUGGCAAGAGUGGAGGGAAUGAUGCUUUUUGGUUGGAUACUUCGUCUAGUGACAAGGCGAGAGGGCGAUUUUCUUUCAUGGGUGGUAAAGGUGGAUCUCUCUGGAAGCAAUUGACAUUUAGUUUAUCUGAUCAAAGUGAGAUUACAUCUAAACAUGCUGGAUACCUUCUUAUCGAAGAUGCUCAGAAUUCUACUGAGAAACGAUUCUUGGAAGAAGGCUUUCUUGAUUUUCUACGUAAGGAGCUUUCAUCUAUCUCUUAUGAUGAGAAGGACUUUGAACAGCUGCCUUUUGAUUUUUGCGGUGGAUACAUAGGUUGUAUUGGGUAUGAUAUUAAAGUAGAAUGUGGAAUGCCAAUUAAUCGUCACAAAUCCAAGGCUCCGGAUGCAUGCUUUUUCUUUGUGGAUAACAUUGUUGCCAUUGACCAUCAACUUGAUGACGUUUAUGUAUUAUCUCUUCACGAAGAGGGCACCGCAGAAACCUCUUUCUUGAAUGAUACUGAAGAGAAGCUCAUUAGCCUGAGGGGUUCGUACACAAGAAAUUUGAAGGAUCAAGCUCUUCCUGCUAUAGAUUCAUGUCAAGGCAAAACAAGUUUUGUUCCUGACAAAUCCCGAGAGCAGUAUAUUGACGAUGUUGAGAGCUGUAUGAAGUGUAUCAAAGACGGAGAGAGCUACGAGCUUUGUCUUACUACUCAGAACAGAUGGAAAAUAGGGAAUACUGAUCCUUUAGGACUUUAUCUCCAUUUGAGAGAAAGAAAUCCAGCACCAUAUGCAGCCUUUCUCAACUUCUCAAAUGCGAAUCUGUCAUUAUGCUGCUCGUCCCCUGAAAGAUUUCUUCAGCUGGACAGAAAUGGAAUGCUCGAAGCAAAGCCGAUUAAGGGUACUAUAGCUCGUGGCUCCACACCUGAAGAAGAUGAGCUUCUUAAAUUGCAAUUGAAACUCAGUGAGAAGAAUCAAGCUGAAAACCUGAUGAUUGUCGACCUUCUGAGGAAUGAUCUCGGUCGUGUUUGUGAGCCUGGUUCAGUCCAUGUGCCUAACCUCAUGGACGUGGAAUCAUACACGACAGUACACACUAUGGUCAGCACAAUCCGUGGACUGAAAAGAUCAGAUAUUAGUCCAGUGGAAUGUGUAAGAGCAGCUUUCCCUGGCGGUUCAAUGACUGGUGCGCCAAAGCUAAGAUCCGUUGAGAUUCUCGAUUCUCUAGAGAACUGUUCGAGAGGCCUUUACUCUGGCUCAAUCGGGUAUUUCUCAUAUAAUGGUACGUUUGAUCUGAAUAUUGUGAUAAGAACAGUGGUGAUACAUGGGGAUGAAGCUUCCAUAGGAGCAGGAGGAGCAAUCGUUGCGUUGUCAAACCCAGAAGAGGAGUUUGAGGAAAUGAUUCUUAAGACUAAAGCUCCUGCUAAUGCGGUCAUGGAGUUUUGUAGUGGUUCAGUGAAAGACAAUGAUCCGAGAAGACACUAG